CUCCAUCACAUACCUAUACUUGAGGAAGAAUACGCUUAUUUCAACGCAGGGUUUGGAAGCUUUCAAAAAUGUCACUCAUUUGUACUUAGAGAAGAACCAAAUCGCUACAAUGUACAGCUUCGAAGAAUUUCACAACUUGAGGAAGCUGUACCUGGGCUACAACUGUAUUUCUGUCGUCGAAGGACUAGAAAACUGCUCGAAACUGGAGGUGCUUCAUAUUCAGAAUCAACGCCUACCGCCAGGAGGAAUGAUGUAUUUUGACCCGCGAUGCGUCACUGGCAUCCAGAUCUGCUUAAAGGAUUUAAAUGUAGCUGGGAACAAUUUAAUUGUGCUCACGGAUUUCGUCGGGCUAAACAAGCUGGAAAAAUUGGAUGCAACCGACAAUAAACUGGAAAAUUUAAGUCAAAUCCGUGACGAUCUUGCCGAACUGUCUCGGCUGAGAUCACUUGACUUGCGAGGGAAUCCAAUCACUAAGGAAAUUCGCUACAGGGAGAAAAUCGUGGCCGUUUUACAAUGCGUAGAUAAUUUGGAUGGAAAGACCGUGACUGAUAUGAACAGAAUAUUCAUUCAGAAUCUCGAAAAAUGCAAAAAGGCAGAGAAAAAACCAGCCAUAGAGUUCAGCAAGGAUAUUAAAAGUCUAGCAGAACAUCUUCCGCCAGGUAUUAGAAAUUCAAUUACCGAACCAGAGGCCAAGAAAGGAAUAGCCUCGAGGAUCAAUGUUAUGCUUCCAAACACGCCACCAGUUCAAAUGGACAUGAUGCCUGGUUUCCCGAAGAGGAAAAUGCUGAAGAAACAGUCCAGCAGCUCGCAACAGAAAGACAGCCUUUCGAAAGUGUCGAGCAAAAGUAAUAUGAGCAAGUCAUCAGAAGAUGAGAACAGGAUUGAUUACGUCACUAAAGCUCCCUCGGAAUGAAAACACAAUAAUUACUGAAUAUUGUGGUGUCGAGAAUACUCUAAAAGUGAUAGACUGUGAUGAUGGGGGUGGAAAUGUUUAAAUAGUACUCUACGUAACGAGUGCAGGUUCAAUAAGUUUACAGGUGAAUUAUCAGAACCUCGUGCAUUUCUAAGCUUUUUUUAUAAAUUGGACUUUCAUUCAAUACUUAUAUUAGAAUUGUUAGGUUUGGAAUAUUUGGAUUUUUCCAUAGUGCGUACUUUUAAAAAUUAGGUUAGUGGUGAUUUGCCCUACAUAUAUUUUAAAAAUUAAUAGAUGGUUUUACAUGUUUAAA